AUGUCAUCAGAUUGGGAAGAACUACGAACUGAAACAGGAGAGGUUUAUUAUUAUAAUUAUAAAACCAAUGAGACCAGUUGGACUUUUCCUGAGACAGAAGAAACUUUACCUGUUUCUGAAAAACAGGAAACCAUCACCACAUCAACUACUACGGGUAAAUGGGAAGAAUAUACUACAGAUGAUGGGAAAAAGUAUUAUUAUAAUGCAAUUACUGGAGAAACAACAUGGGAAAAACCAAAUGAGAUAAUAGAAGAAGAAUUAUCAAAUGAAAAACUAGCAGAAAAAACUGAACUUAGUGAAUUGGAUAAAACUUUAAAAUCAAAACCUGUAGAAUUGACAGGUCCAACUUCUAAAACCGACAAUGAAGCCAAACAAUCAUUUUUGAAAUUAUUAUCAGACAACAAGGUAAAUUCUACUUGGUCUUUCCAAGCAGUAAUGGAAAAUCUUGUGGAUAAGCCCGAGUAUUGGUCUGUUAAAGACCCAGUGACAAGAAAACAACUUUAUGAAGAAUAUUUGGUAUCGAAAUUCCAAAGUGAAUUAUCCAAUAAAUCAUUAUUAUUAGAAAAUUUCAAACGCAAUUUCAAUGAAGAAUUAAGGAAAUUGGAAGCUAAGAAUUUAGUGACUUAUAAUACUCGAUGGAUCACUAUUAAGAAAUUAUGGAUUGAUCAAGAUAAUCCAAUUUUCAAACAUUCAAUGAUGCUGGAUUCUGAAUUGGCAGCAAUAUUUUAUGAAUAUACUGAUAAAUUAAGAGAACAACAUGAAAAACUUUUACAAACCAAGAAAAAUCAAGCAUUGAUUGAAUUAUCAACAUAUUUACGACAAGUUAAUUCAUCAUUAGUGGAAAAAUCUCAAACUUGGGAAUCACUUUAUGAAAAUUUAAUUAAUGAUUCACGAUUUCAAAGUAAUAAAAAUUUCCAAAAUUUAACUAAAUUGAAUAUUCUACAAUUAUAUGAAAAUGAGAUUUUCCCACGGAGAAUUGAUGAUAUUAAAUCACAAAUAACCGUGAUAUCGAAAAUAAAUUAUCGUAAUGAUCGUAAGGCACGUGAGAGUUAUAAGAAAUUGUUAGGUGAAUUAGAAAUUGAUGCUGAUACUGAAUUUAAAGACAUUAUAGAUAAGAUUGAGAAUAAUGAUGCUUUUAUUGAGAUUUGUGGAAGAAAUGGAUCUAGUGCAUUAGAAUUAUUUUGGGAUAUCGUUGAUGAGAAGAAACAAAUAUUAAAAGUUAAAAAGAAUUUAGUUGAUUCGGUGAUUUCCACUAUGAAGAAUGGAAACACUUAUGAUGAAAAAAUGUGGGAAUCCUUGGAAACAUUUUCUAAUGCCUUGAAAUCAACAAGAGAUGAAAGAUUAGCAAAUCUUGAUCUAACAUUAGGAGAUGGUGGUAAAGGAAAAGAAAUAACCAUGAUUUAUACACUGUUGAAGGAAGAAUUUGAAUUGAAAAAACAACAAGAACGAGAAAAAUACCUUAAAAAAAUGGAUGAAGAUAUAGCGAAAUUAGCUCGAUGGAUUUAUGAUAAUGAUAGAAAUUUAGGAGAAAAUUUCUUACGUAUGGAAGGGACAAGAUUUGUUAUUUCUAAUAGAGUAAAUUAUGAAGAUGAAUAUGAAAAAUUACUGAAAUUUGAUCAAUUUAAACCGUUAAAACAAUAUGAAAUAGAAUUAUCAACAACUAAAAUUACGAAAAAAAUCAUUGAAGAAUUUGUUUCUGAAUACAAUAAACAUGCUUCAAGGAAAAGACAAUCAAGUAUUACUUCAGAAACUAAUAAAACUGGUGACAAGAGAUUGAAAACUGGUGUAGCCACUGUAUUAAAUUAUUAA